GAGAGAGAGAGGAGAGAGGAAUAUGUCAGACAAUAUUGGGAGCACAAUGCUCCCGGAGCUCCCUCUUUCAGUUGAUCGAAGAGGGAGAACUGCUUUGAGGGGACACCAGGUGUAAAAGCACCCCUUGAAGAACUGUCUAUCCCAUUGGAAGUGUUCACCAGUGUUUUCCCAGAGAUAUUCCAAACCAUUGUGGACGAGAUGAAUCGGUAUGUUUGACGGAUCCCGCACACCCCUUCAUCCCAUAUGAAGGGGUGGGAGGACACAUCUGUGCAUAUGUCGGCCUACGGUUCCUGAUGGGUCUUCAGUCGAAGAGGGCCCAGAGGGAAUUUUGGUCGACGGACCCGUUAAUGUCCUCGUCGGUGUUCGCCAAGAUGAUGACCAGGGACCGCUACGAUGCCCUUACCUCCACGCUCCACUUCGCUGACAACGAAGGGGAGCACGACGCGGAGGAUCAGCUUUGGAAACAGCACCGUGUUGGAAUCGACGUACCGUUCCGUCUUCGUCUCAAACAAGAAUGUGACCGUCGACGAGAGCUUGUGGGCCUUCAAAGGGAGUCACCAUGGACUCAAGUACAACCCGAGCAAGAGGGCUCAGAGAGGGCUGAAGGUCUACAAGCUUUGCUCGUCUGACAGUCCAGAGGCAGGGUACACGGCAGCCCUCAAAAUCUACAUGGGUUAAGACCGUGGCGAAUUUCCAUCCAGUAUGAAGGCCAUCACCGACCUGCUGGAGAAGGCAAAUCUAUUCAACAAGGGGUACCAGUUACACACUGACAACUGGUACUCCCCCCCAACUCUCUUCCAUUACCUGCGCCAUUGGGACGGUAUGUCUCAACCGGCGUGGCAUGCCCCAGGACCUGCAGGCGGGUCGGGGACAAAUUGACUUCUGGAGCACCAAGACCAGAAUUAUUUGCCUUCAGUGGGUGGAUAAGCGUCCUGUUACAAUGCUGUCUCCCGCCCACACGAACAAAGUCAUUACCCUGCCUCCCAAACGCCGAGGGGUGGAGAGGUCAAAGCCCGAAGUUGUCACUGACUUCAACAACAGUAUGAAGGAUGUCGCCCUCUCAGAUCAGCUGGCGCAGUCAUAUCUAUCAACCUGGAAAACUAUAAAAUGGUACAAGAAGGUAUUCUUCUACCUACUGGAUAUGAUAACCACCAACACGCUGGCUAUCCACCGGGCCCUCGGCGGUAAAAUGACACAAUACGAGUUCCGCAAGGAACUUGUUCGAGGAUUGCUGCAGCAAGGCAGUCGCCGUGGCUCCUUCCGGCGGAAUCCUCCUCAGGCUCGCCACGAGGAGGAAAUUCCCCAGCAGGAAUGCAUGCCAGUUGACACACCACAUUGUCGGUGGCGUCGGUGUGUGCUCUGCUGGAGGAAUCACCAGUGCAGGAGGGAGACCAGGGUGAUGUGCAGUUGCUGCGGCACCUCACUCUGCCCAACACCGUGUUUUCAGGCAUUCCAUGCCUGAAACUCAGGUGGUUGUAUAUAUUUAAAUGUAAAUAUGUAUAUAUAAUUGUAAAUAUUUAUACUUUAUUCAUUAUUUUGAAAAAUUGUUUUUUCAGGCUCCAAUCCCUGAAAAUCUGAUAUUGCCUGAAUAUGUACAUAUUUUUUAUAAACAAAUUCAAUUAUUUUGAAAAUAAAAAACUUAUUUCAGGCUAUAAUGCCUGAAAAUACAGUCUCUAUCAAUUAUCUGAUACAUUUUUAUAAAAUUUCAAUGUAUUUAUUCAGAAUAUGAAAAAAAUAAAA